AAAGUUCCACACUUUGCACCUUAAAUUGCAACCGGCCAAUCAAGUAUGAUGUAUAUGGACUCCCUGUCCGUCCCUCAUCAGAGUUCUGACGACGACGACGACGAGGAGAUCCCGCGCGCUCCCGGACACCGCAGUGGACAUCCCGAACAGGUACCUACCUACGAGCAAUUCACCGCUGAUGACAAAGACAUUCGCGGGGUUGGAUCAGCCCUUCAAGACUUCGAACUGAAGAUUGUUAGGUAAGCGAGGGUAAGGUGACAGUCAAGACGAACCAACUGGUGCUCGGAACGGCCGCCAAUGGCGCGACUCUCCCUCCGUCAGUCUGUCGCUCUGGAAUUCAUGACGAACCCGAGGAUUUGACCAACCACAGAAUAAUUGCCCGAUUCGGACAAAGCUCUCAAUGGGCUUCCAAAACGAAAGCAGCCUAGCGAUACCAGACGAGUAAACUGACGAUAUUCCACAUCGUGGCAAAGCUUCUUCCAACUUGAACACUUCAAUUAUGUAUUAUCAAGCUUUCUUGUUUGUUUCUCCAUCCCGAGAGAUUGGUAACCAACGGACCCAAGGCUGGACUCAACAUACGCGCGUUAUCUCCAGUCGCCAUGGCCCCCGUGGUCCCUUCCGCUUCUUCCAAGGCCUGCAUGCUGCAGAAUCCGCCAGGAGCACAUGAGGAAUCCUAUGCUGCCCCUGCAAUGCAAAAACCAAACCUCACACGUCCGAAUCCGGUAUCUAGUCUGACACUGGGUUUGCAAAGUUCCGUCUACCCUGAUCCCUCAAAUUCAAUGAGCACAAGUCCUCCACGCCGCAGAUAUAAAUCAGGCCACCCCAAGAGACACAAGGACUUCUUAUCCCCAUCCUCAUCUCACUCAUCAUCAGCAUCAGCAUCAGUAUCACAAGACUUGACUCGACUCCAUCACCUCAACCUACUUCGACCUCAAAGCACACUUUGACUAUCAGAAGCAUUACUCGUCCUCACAAACAACCAACAUCGCAACCAUGCCUCAGCUCGUUGGAAAGCAAGUUGGUCCCACUGGCUACGGCCUCAUGGGCUUCUGCACCAAGAACCCUCCCACCCCCAAAGAGCAAGCCUUCAAGGCCAUGCGCGCUGCCCUUGAAUCCGGCGCCAACUUCUGGAACGCCGGUGAAUUUUACGGCUCGCCUGACUGGAACACGCAAAAGCUUCUGGCUGCCUACUUCAAGCAGUACCCCGAAGACGCUGAAAAGGUUGUCCUCUCGGUCAAGGGCGCCUUCCUCUUCCCGCAGAUGAUCCCCGACUGCUCGCCUGCGGGACUCAAGCGCUCCAUCGACGCCUGUCUCGCCGACCUGGAUGGCACCCACAAGAUCGACAUCUUUGAGCCCGCCCGCAUUGACCCCAAGGUGCCGCUCGAGGAGACGCUCAAGUACCUCGAGGACGAGUACGUCAGCAAGGGCAUCAUUGGCGGCAUUGGUCUCUCCGAGGUUUCGGCCGCGACGAUCCGCAAGGCAGUCAAGAUCACCAAGAUCGCUGCGGUGGAGGUUGAGAUCUCCCUUUGGGCGACGCACACGCUGGAGAACGGCGUUGCUGAGGCUUGCGCCGAGUUUGGCAUCCCAUUGAUUGCUUACUCGCCCAUCGGCCAGGGCAUGCUCACGGGUCAGAUCAAGACGCUUGACGAUCUGGCCGCGGACGACUUCCGCAGGCAUUACCCCCGCUUCUACCCCGAGAACUUCCACUUGAACAUUCAAUUGGUUAGCGAGCUGAACGAGUUGGCCAAGAAGAAGGGAUACACGCCCGCGCAGUUGGCCAUCAACUGGGUCAAGUCACUGAGCAAGAAGCCCGGUUACCCGACGGUUAUCCCGAUCCCUGGUGCGACUACCGCGGAGAGGGUCAAGGAGAAUAACGUGGAUAUCGACUUGACUAGCGAGGACUUGAAGAAGAUUGAUGAGACGUUGAAAAAGUUUGAGAUUGCCGGAAGGAGAUACCCUGAUGCUGUGCCUAUUGACGGCUGAGUGGCGUCUGGUUUCUUCCUUGACUACCUUGGCAUAUAUAGACUCGACAGGUUUCUCUGUCUUCAUCACUUGUUCAGGAGAGUACAAUGGCGAAUGGGAAUAUACACGAGAAAGCCAGCAGUGGGAGUGGGGGAUUAGACAUUAGGUACUCAAUUCAGUCUGCUUCGUCUUCA